AUACAAUUGUUCGCUGCUGGUUGGGGAAGACGUCCGACUAAAAGAAAGGACUAAACGUUUCCCGUUCGGCGACCUCUUUCACCAUCGUAAAGUAGGUAUGGAAGACGACAAGAAGAAGAAGAGAAACAAGAAAAAGAAGAAUAAGCCGAAUAAUAAACGUGUUGACGACGCUAUAGCUUCCGGUGCAACGACCUUCGCUGAUGAAAAUCAUAUCGGAGAUGGUGACGUUCCUCAAAUUAGCGAACGUCCAGAUGUCGAUGAGUCGCAAUCAUCUCAUCAGAUCAAUGUCGUCGCAACUGAAGAUGAUUCUGGUGUUGAGAACAAGUCUCAGGGAAGUGAGGUGCUGUUGGAAGAAACAAUCAAACAGUUACGUGAGGAAAAUGGUUCCUACCUUCAGAAAGAGGCUGGUUUUGAAGAAAAUGUUAGACGCUUGGAAACCGAGAAUGAAGCUCACAUUCAGAAAGAGGCAUUUUUAGAAGAAAGGCUUGUGCAUUUGAAAACAGAGAAUGAAGCUCACAUACAAAAUGAGGCACUGUUAGAAGAAAAGCUCUUGCAUUUGAGAACAGAGAAUGAAGCUCACACACAAAAUGAGGCAUUGUUAGAAGAAAAGCUCUUGCAUUUGAGAACAGAGAAUGAAGAUCACAUACAAAAUGAGGCACGGUUGGAAGAAAGGCUCUUACAUUUGAGAUCUGAAAAUGAAGCUCACAAACAAAACGAAGAAAAGUUGGAGGAAAGACUUGUGCAGUAUAAAAACAAGAACGACAUGCUUCUUCGCGAAAUGUCUAGUACAGAAGCCCAAAUGAGACAAUUGCUAGAUGAAAGAUCUACCUUCACUCAGAAAGAGGUGAGUCUAGAAAAGAAAGUUCAACAACUUCAACAUGAUGAAGAAUCCUUGGUGGCUGAGGAGAAGUCAUCCAGAGAAAUGAUAUCUAGCCUGAACAAUGAAAUUGCAAGGCUACGAGCACAGGUUACGGAGUUGGAAGAAUCUAAGAGUAAUCUUCUAGAGCAGAAUCAGAGUCUUAAGGAAACUGUAUCCAGUCUUCAAGUCCAGCAUGAAAACCAUGAUAGUAACGCAAAGGGUGCUUCUGAGGAAGAAUUAAACUCUCAGAUUGAAGCAGCUUGUACUCUAGUGGAAAAGCUUAUCACUGAAAAUGCUGAACUUGUUGAAAAGGUGAACGAGCUGUGUAUUAAGCUAAACCAGUCGCAGCAUGCUUCCCCUGAGAGCCUAGCAAUUGAAGUAGAGAAGUCUGAAUCCUUAGAAGAAAUACCCAUACACGACGAGUUGAUUAGAAUUGAUAACUCUAAGGACAUGGAUACUGCAUUGAUAAAGAGAAACUUGUCAGAAGGCGAAAUAGAAGAAACGGUGCCGCUCUCUCUGAACGCGAAUGGGGAAGUAGACGUGGAAUCACAGGUUGUAGUAGCUGGAGAAGACGAAGUAAGUGCUGGUGUGCCUCUGGCGGACGCUCCACUUAUUGGUGCUCCGUUCAGGCUCGUCUCGUUUGUAGCAAGAUACGUGAGUGGUGCAGAUUUGGCGGCAAAGAAAUAGUUUUUUGGUAAAACUCAACAAUACAUUGGAGGCAGAGAAGAUGCAUCAUCAAAUCUAUCUGUCUCCCUCUCUCUUUUAUAAUCUAAAGGGACCUUACCUAGAUACUCUGAGAAUCAUUGAUUAGCUCUGCACAACAUUUACAGUACACAAAUGUUUAUUGUAAUUUUUUUGAUAGGAUAACGAAUUGAUGAUGAUGAUGUUGAUUACUGUUGCUUUGUUCUCCUU